AUGGCAACUGAAACAACAAGAAAGAAGCAUAUUACGCUGGAGGAGCUUCGGGAGCACAGCUCCCCCUCCGAUCUAUGGAUCUCCAUCCACGAUAAGGUCUACGACCUCACCCAUUGGAUCAGAGACCACCCUGGUGGUGGUAUACCCCUCCUCAACCUUGCUGGCCAGGACGCCACUGACCCAUUCACCACCCUCCACCCUCCCUCUGCAUGGAAGCACCUCGACCGCUUCUUCAUCGGCUACCACCUCUCUGAUAACCAGAUAUCUGACCUCUCCAAGGACUACCAGCUCCUCAUCUCUGACUUCACAAAACUCGGCCUUUUCGAACAGAAAGGCCAUGUUAUCCUUGUUACCCUCUGCAUCAUAUUCGCUCUGUUCUCCAUCGCCGUCUUCUUCGUCAUCGGUACCACCAGCCUCUGUGCCCACGUUGCUGCCGGCAUUUUGAUUGGUUUUAUAUGGACCCAAUCAGGUUGGGUGGCCCAUGACACGGGCCAUGCCACUGUCAUGUUAACACCAUGGCUCAACCGCAUAACGCAGCUUUUAUGUGGUAAUUGCCUUACAGGGGUAAGCAUUGGAUGGUGGAAGAGAACCCAUAAUGCACACCAUGUCGCUUGCAAUAGCCUCGACUUUGAUCCCGAUUUACAGCACAUCCCUAUCUUUGCUAUUUCAAGCAAGUUCUUCAACACCCUCACUUCUUACUUUUAUGAAAGAAAGAUGAGGUAUGAUACUAUAGCAAAAACUCUCAUUAGUCACCAGCACUGGACAUUCUACCCUGUGAUGUGCUUCGCAAGGUUGAAUCUCUUUGCACAGUCCAUAGUUCUUCUUCUUUGGAACAAGAAUGUGCCUAACAGAUUCCAAGAGAUACUUGGGGUGAUGGUGUUCUGGGUAUGGUAUUCUUAUUUAGUUUCAUUUCUGCCUAAUUAUGGAGAAAGAUUGCUGUUUGUAGGAGCUUGUUUCGUUGUUACUGGGAUUCAGCAUGUUCUAUUUUGUUUGAGUCAUUUUUCUACUAGGGUUUACGUUGGGCAGCCUCAGGGGAAUGAGUGGUGCAAGGUACAGGCGACUGGGUCCCUUAAUAUUAGGUGUUUUCCAUGGAUGGAUUGGUUUUAUGGGGGGAUUCAGUUUCAGGUGGAACACCAUUUGUUUCCUCGGCUGCCAAGGUGUCAUCUUCGAAGGAUUGCUCCAUUGGUGAGGGAGCUUUGCAAGAAACACAAGUUGCAGUACCCGAGCAUUGGCUUCUGUGAGGCAAAUAGAAGGACUUUGGCGACUUUGAAAGAUAUUGCGCUCCAAGCCAGGAACAUGGAGGUUUCGGGGGCCAGGAAUUUGGUGUGGGAUGCUCUAAAUACCUAUGGUUGA